UUAGAAUAUAACCAAAGAGGCAUGCUGAAUUCGCCAUAAUCAAGGAACCUUUUCCGGGUGGGGAACCUCAGAAAUUACUCAGUGAGCAACCCUAAUUAACCUGAUUUUUUGCUGAUAAUCACUCUCAAUGGAAUCAAAUCACAAAUCCGGGGAUGGAUUGAGCGGCACCCAGAAGGAGGCGGCACUCCGCGCACUGGUCCAGCGCACGGGAUAUAGCUUGGUCCAGGAAAAUGGACAAAGAAAAUAUGGCGGUCCUCCUCCAGGCUGGGACACUGCACCUCCAGAAAGAGGCUGUGAGAUUUUCAUCGGGAAACUUCCCCGGGACCUUUUUGAGGAUGAACUCAUACCAUUGUGUGAAAAAAUUGGCAAAAUUUAUGAAAUGAGAAUGAUGAUGGAUUUUAAUGGCAACAACAGAGGCUACGCGUUUGUAACAUUCUCAACUAAGCAGGAAGCCAAGAAUGCAAUCAAGCAGCUUAAUAAUUAUGAAAUUCGCAAUGGCCGUCUCCUAGGAGUCUGUGCCAGUGUGGACAACUGCCGACUGUUUGUGGGAGGGAUCCCCAAAACCAAAAAGAGAGAGGAAAUCUUAUCAGAGAUGAAAAAGGUCACAGAAGGAGUUGUUGAUGUCAUAGUCUACCCAAGUGCUGCAGAUAAAACCAAAAACCGGGGAUUCGCCUUUGUGGAAUAUGAGACGCACCGCGCAGCCGCCAUGGCUAGGAGGAGGCUACUGCCAGGAAGAAUCCAGUUGUGGGGACAUCCAAUUGCAGUAGACUGGGCAGAGCCAGAAAUUGAAGUUGAUGAAGACACGAUGUCUUCAGUGAAAAUCCUGUAUGUAAGAAACCUCAUGUUGUCUACCUCGGAAGAGAUGAUUGAAAAAGAAUUCAACAGUAUUAAACCAGGUGCUGUGGAACGGGUGAAGAAGAUCCGAGACUACGCGUUUGUGCAUUUCAGUAAGCGAGAAGAUGCAGUUGAAGCUAUGAAAGCUUUAAAUGGCAAGGUACUGGAUGGUUCCCCAAUUGAAGUGACCUUGGCCAAGCCAGUGGACAAGGACAGUUAUGUUAGGUACACAAGGGGUACAGGUGGCAGGAACACCAUGUUGCAAGGAGAAUACACCUACCCUCUCAGCCAUGUUUAUGACCCCACCACAACCUACCUUGGAGCCCCUGUCUUCUACACCCCCCAAGCCUAUGCAGCCAUUCCAAGUCUUCAUUUCCCAGCUACCAAAGGACAUCUCAGCAACAGGGCUCUCAUCCGGGCCCCAUCUGUCAGAGAAAUUUACAUGAAUGUCCCUGUAGGGGCUGCGGGAGUGAGAGGACUGGGCGGCCGUGGGUAUUUGGCAUACACAGGCCUGGGUCGUGGAUACCAGGUCAAAGGAGACAAGCGAGAAGACAAACUCUAUGACCUUCUUCCUGGGAUGGAGCUCACCCCGAUGAAUACUGUCUCUUUAAAACCACAAGGAAUUAAACCUGCUCCUCAGAUAUUAGAAGAAAUCUGUCAGAAAAAUAACUGGGGACAGCCAGUGUACCAGCUGCAUUCUGCCAUUGGACAAGACCAAAGACAGCUAUUCCUGUACAAAGUAACUAUCCCGGCGCUGGCCAGCCAGAAUCCUGCGAUCCACCCUUUCACACCUCCAAAGCUAAGUGCCUACGUGGACGAAGCAAAGAAUUAUGCUGCCGAGCACACUCUACAGGCACUUGGCCUCACCACAGAAGGAGGUGACCCCAGGGCUACAGCACCCACCGCCACAUCUGCCACUGUGUUCCCAGGAUAUGCUGUCCACAGUGCCACCGCCCCCGUGUCAGCAGCCCAGCUCAAACAAGCAGUGACACUCGGACAAGACUUAGCAGCAUAUACUGCAUAUGAGGUCUACCCUACUUUUGCAGUGACCACCCGAGGAGAUGCGUAUGGAGCCUUCUGAAGAUCCCUUUCCUUUAAGAAUAAGCCUUACAGAACGCUCUGUAGAAGCCCCAAACCUCCAACCAGAUCCCUUGUGAUCAUUAGUCACACCCUCCCCAAAGCCAAGCCUUUCCUGAGUCUGACUGCCUGACCUACUUCAUUGUACCACUCAUGAAAUGUGAAUCUUAUUCCUCAACAAAACCAAACAUUAAGGAGCCUUAUGCUUAACGGAAAUCUGGAGAACAUCAAUUGACAGCAAAAGUUGCUCUUCCAAGGAUCCUGAGUGUCUCAGGAAGGGGAUAAAACCCUGACAAAUUGGUGUAAGCUCUCUUAGUACCGAGAGCUGUGGCUGGGCAGAGCUGGGCAGAGCUGGGCAGUCAGUAGCAAGGCACAGGCAGUAAAAUUCCUUUCUCAGUCACCGGCUCACAGCCACUUCAUCACUCAGAGAAUCAAGAGACCAGAGGAAAUCAGGAGGCUUUGUAAGAGUCCUUCAGCAUCACCUACAGUGUGGGGUGUGAUCCCAGGCUGAGCUCAUGAAAACUGUCUGAAAUGUUAUAGAUUCCAUUACCACUUUAAGUCUGAAACCCCCCUCUUAUCCAUCUGUCAUAGAUCAGCAUCUUCCUGUUCCUGCAGUCUCUGGGGACUGGAAAUCAAUACACUGUGUUUCAGAUAUGCUUGAGACAAAUCCAAACCCUGUAUUCAUUUAACCCAUUAAGCCACUGUUUUUCUUCAGAAUUUCUAUCCUACCCAAAGAUUCCCGAAUCACAGAAACCACGCGAGCACUGAGUCCUGGGGUGAAAAAUGACUUUUUCUUGUCUGGAAAUUCUGCCUUGCCCAUGCUAAUUUGCCUUCACCUCAGACUCAUUUUGCUGAUCUCAAACACAGUAAAUCAGAUGUACAUAAAAUCAGAUGUACAUAAAAUCACUAUGAUGUUUUCAUACUCAGAAAAUUGGCCCAAAACUCAUUUCCAAAAAAAAAAAAAAAAAAAAGUGAACAUGUUUUGCCUUUUUCUCACUGUGUAGCUCAGGCUGGCCUCAAAUUUGUAAUCCUCCUGCUCCUACUACCCCUGUGCUGGUGUUGACAUACAACACCACCCCUACCUCAAAGUAGUUAUGUUAACUUGAAGCUACCUUAGAAUUUUCUACCCAGUUCAUGUUAAUCACCGAAAAUCAUUGCCUUUCCUUUCUUUAUGUUUUGAUUUUCUUUCACGUGUUCUUUUUUAUUUUAUUUUAUAUGUUUUAUCAUGGUUAAGUCUUUUUAUAGGGAAACUAUUCCAGGAAAGCCUUACACCAUCAUGGUUGCCCAGAAACUAAACCUUCAGAGUUCAGUAAAAGUGUUAUUUGCCAAAAUGCUCCUGAGAAUUUAGAACCUCUCAUGGUCACUAGGGAAGGGAGACUACAUCCAGAAAUGGAGGUCAAAAGGAUGUGAUGCUCUCAUUCAAAUUAGGUGUGUUCAAAACAGAGUCAAAAGUCUGGUACUGAAUACAGUCCCUACUCCAGCCUUAUUUGUGACUUAGGAGACAAAGCACUAGAAUUUCCAUUUAAAGAAAAAGAAAAUACUUGGCUCUUGUGAAAGUCUGUACACCUUAAGCAAAAACACACAGAGAGGUGCAGAAAAUAUUGUCAGCUCUUUAAUGGAAUUCUGGAAUCUAAAAUCAGGUGCAAUUCCAAUCAAAGUCAGGGACAGGUCAAUCAUAGUUGAGUGCUUCAUAACCCUCAGGUUUUACCCUGAUUCCAGCAGGAUAUCUAAUGCCGAAAAACCUCCAGCUGACACUCUGGAAGGCUCGGGAUUUUCUGGCCUUCUUUCUCAAGUUGUUGUGUUCCUGUGCAAAGGAACUCCCAAGCUUGGCAUCACAUCCAAAACACCUGGAGAACUUUCAACACGCUAAGGCCAAGGUCGCCUGUCAAUUACGUCAGAGAGUCUUGGCGUGGAAGCCUGUUGUCAAUGUUUCCUGAUGAUUCCUGGGUGAUUUGAAUAUGCAGCUUGGUGUGGGGAUUGUUAGAGUCUUUGUAGAUCCACUCUUCCUCUUUCGUUCUUCCCUUUUCAAUUCAACUUUAGCUAAAUACAAAAUUUAUAUACAUUGUCUUUGUUAAAAUAAAUAAUCAUAGCGUUGUCAUUAUAGCCAUCUCACACACUCUGAGUCUGAAUAAAUUCAUAUUGGCUUCAAACUAAUUCUUAAGCCAAACUCUAAAAAAAGGGAAAAAAAAUUGAAUGUCCCUUAAAGUAAUUCUAAUAUUCAAAUUUACACUUACCACACAUCUGUUUUUAUUCUCAGAGAGAGAGAGUAACUACAUUGAUAUACAAAUAUCCUCUAGGCAGGCAAAUUUCUCCUCAGCCUGAAAAAGCAUUCAAAAUUCUACCUGCAAAGGUUUUGCAUUCCUUUAAAAUCUUCAAAAGUAAAUAGCAAGGGCAUGCAACAUGUUUUCUCAAGAUAGAAGAGAAACUCAAAUGCAGUGGAAAAGGAAAAGACGGUGCUUAAUACAGAUAACACCAUCAUCAUUCCUUAAAAAGAUUAACAGCAUAAUUCCAAACACUACCAAAAAGAAUGCAAGUGUCAAGAAAGUUACCAGUGGGACAACACACGCUUGCUUACUUUUGAGGGAAAACACAACUGUUCAUGACAUCUGCCUCCCUGGGGCUGAUCUGUACACUACUAAGCGGAUGGAUAGAGUAGCAGCUUCUUCUUCUUCUUCUUCUUCUUCUUCUUCUUCUUCUUCUUCUUCUUCUUCUUCUUCUUCUUCUUCUCCUUCUUCUAGAGGGGUGGUGCUGAAAUUUUGCUCUGUUUCAGUAAUAUAUAGAGAAGAAUUUAGAUUCCAUUAUAUCAUAUUCAUAGACAAUGUCGGAGUGUUGCUACCAUGACAGGCCAAGUUUUGGUGUAAUGAGUUGAAAUCUAGGGAGAAAAUGAGUUGUCAUUUGGGGUGGAGGUGUUGUUCUUGUGGUUUAGUUGGUUUUGUCUGUUUGCUUGGUUUUGUUUUUUUUUUUUUGUUUUUUUUUCCUUUUUUAACAUUUUCAAGACAGACUCGCUCUAUGCUUCUCAGGCUGACCUCAGACUCUUCAUCCUCCUCUCUUCUUCUCAAGUGCUGGGAUCUCAGGCUUGUACAAGCAUAUGUGCCUCAAAAAUAAGAUUUAAAAAGAUCAAGUGUCAAACCCAAGGUUAGUUUUGCAUAAUGCUUAUAUUGUAGAUUUAGGAAAUUAGCACUAUCACUCUCCAGCCUUCCAAAUCCUAAUCCAUUUCCCUGGUGUUUGUUUGUUUGUUUGUUUGUUUGUUUUAACAUGCAUGCUUCUUAGGUCUUCAUAGAAAAACUUAAAAUCAUCAGGGCAGCCAUGAGAUACUGACAAAAUACCAUGAGCAAUCAUUUAUACUCAUCUAGCAAAUUAGAAUUUGAUUUCUAAAGUCUGGCAAUUACUAGUAUGUUGAUAAAAAUCAUCUUGAUGUUACUUGGAAUUGAGGAAAUGGAACCAGGUGAGACUGGGUCUCCUUUUUCUUACCUAUUAACUGCUGUCCUUUCUCAAAGGGCUGCUCUUCAAUUCCACAACCUAGGUAAAUCAAGAAGAGCACCUCCAACUGCAGCAAACAAAACUUCUCCUAGAUGAUGAGGGUGUGUCCAGCAGCCAACAGUAUCCUGCCAAACAGCACUCAAAGUGGUGUAGGCAAGCUACCUCAUAGAACAAAAUAGUGGCAUCUAAAACUACCUGACAAGGAGGAUCAUGAGUCAAAUACAUAAAAUUAGUUUUUGUUUCAUUUUAAAGGUUUUUAAGUUAUUUUAGUCACGUAGAAUAGCAAAAAUGUUGUAGCAAUAAUUUUCAAAUUACAUUUAUUUUCAGAACAUUUUACAUGACUCUUAGAAUUCUGUCUUGGUCAACUGAGCCAUGCCUGAAAUCCAUGUUAGCAAGGAGAUGCACCAGGCUGUCAUUUGUGGAGUAAGGACCAAAAAUAAAUAAACAAAGUUAAUAUGUAGGAGUAUAACUUCUUAAUUCAGAAGAAGUUGAUGAAGUUUCUUAAUGUUGAACAGCUCAGCCCUACACAAGAUUUCUUAGACACAAUGUACAAGGAAAAGCAGUGGGGGCAUGGCAUGCUUAAUAAUCAUGGUUGUGGUUAUGGCCAUUUAUUUGAAUACAUGCAAAAGUUUAGGGAGGGGCAUACUAAAAAUUAACCUAGAAACUUGGCAUAUUCCUUAUCUUAUGAAUACGCUUUUAUGUAUUUUAUAGAUACACAUUAUAUACAUAUAUAUACAUACUGUUAGAGAUAAAAUUUAAACUUAAAAUACAGAGCGAUAAGAAUUUUGUCAUAAGUAUUUGAAAAGAACGUUUUGGUGUUAUGCCCUGACUUUUCACUUAGCUCGGGCAGCAGAAAGAAAUGAGACAGCACACAUUGCGGUUUGACACGGCACCAUCGCCAUGGCUUUUAAACAGUUCUGGAACCCAGUGAUGAAGCCUCCCUCAUUCCAGUGGUGUCCUGGAAACAUCCUGGAUUAAACUCUGACAUAAGCCUAAGAAAUGUAAUGUGCCUGCCAGGCCUUAAAUUUGUAUGUGCCAAUAGAGCAAAGUGAGUAGAGUUGUCAUGAGCUAUUAGGAAAAUGAUGCUUUUCCUAACUCUUUCCUUGUAAAGUAAAACAUUACAUUUUUAUUAAAGAAAAAUCACAAAGCAUUCUAUAAACCCCCAUGUCCAAUAUUUUGCUGGAUUUCUCUUUAAACGUUUAGACCAAAGAACAGUGCUGCGAUUCACAUCUCGAGCACACAGAAGCAUUUACGGCAAACUGUAAAUUUGUGUUCCAGUUCACCUCAAUUUUGUAGUAACUUUUUAAAUGAAUUCAUAACUAAUCUAAAAGAGGAAAACAUUAGAAAGCAGAAGGCUUCAUUUCUUCAAAUGUGUCUGGAGUAAAAUCUGGACCACUACAGAGCCUCCCCCAACAGGCAUGUCUCGGUUUUGAGAGCGAAACCAAAAGGAAGAACACGGUUGGCUCUCUUUUCUCUCACGCUUGUUGAACGGAAAGGGAGAUAAUCGAGGAACAGCCCCAUAGAAGCUGAACAGAGGCAAGAUGGAAGAUGCUCACCCUCUUCCUUCACUCAAGCUAGUGAUACCUCCGACUAGAAAGAAUUUCUCGUGUGUUUCCAUUCUGCCCUUUCCCUUCUGCUUCACGGAAGCCCCCAAACACAAUGCCCUUCGCAUGUCCCUUCACCGUCCCUGUUGUUCUUCACCUCCCUCGCCCAGGCUCUUCACAGUCAAGGCUUUCGUCGCUGCUUAAUGGAAAGUAGCAUCAGGGGGUUAUGUUCCUUUUCAGGAAAUUCUUGCCUAUUGCUUGCUGUCUUUACUAAUGCUGAAAUUUCUGCUAGCUGCAUUGAUUCACAGCUAUUGUACUGACCUGUUCAUUCAAGAUGGAAUGCGUUUUCGUCUGCUGUGUUCUUUGCUUACUAUGUGCCCACUGUUACUCCAGAAACAGGGGAUACAAACACACAUAUUUCUGUUCCUCUCUGCAAUAGACGCACAAUCCGGGGAUCCCUUCCAAAGCUGAACAUAACUGGAUAAGCUAGAAGCUUUUGUCACUCGGUCAGAAUCCCUAAAAUAAAACAACUCCAUCCUAACCCUUCUGUUUCCAGCACUGCCACCCAACAUGAGCAAUGAUUGUUUUAAAAGUCAAAUGAAUUUCAAGUAUUUCUUCCCAGGAAAAUACCAAGAACUAUGCAAAUACAGAAAAUAAAGGUUUAGUUACUCGAAAGCUUUAACGGACAUAAGGAAUGUGACUUAAGGUGUGGAGUUCACAACAGGGCUUAUUUACUUGAAAACAUUUUGCUCAUUAAGUAUUUCUGUUUGUUAACUCUGCCUGUUAUUCAAAACAGGGACCUUAGCCAUAUCUCCAUAUCUUGGCCAUAAGUGAUUCGCGGGUGCAGUUAUUGUAUCUUUCACAAUAUACAAUUCUAUUUUGAAAUGUCCUGUUUUCUAUUAUAGUUCCUAAGAUAUUAGGGGGUUCAAACUGCAAGUGUUUGUUUAAGUCAAUCAUUAUUUUCUUGCUUUAACUGUUUGAUCACGGUAUUUUUAGCGCUAUUCUCUCCUAGAAAUUUCUUUUCUUAACCAAUUUUUGUGAGUACAGUCAGAUAUUACUGUCUUUUAUCUUUUAUCUUUUAAUGAAAAGAAAGAUUUAAGCAAACUGUACUUCUAGGUCCAAGGUGUUAACACCCUUGCUUCUUUUCUUUUUAUUGUUAUUUAUAUGGAUUUACCUAAAGUACCCCAAAAAAAAACAUAUAUAUAUAGAUACAUAUAUAUAUAAACAGUAUUAAAGAUUGUGCAUAAGGCACUUAUUUUUGUACUUUGAGUACAUGUUUUAUAGAGCUACAUGAUCUAACUAUAUAUUAAGUAAAAUUAUAUCAUUCUCUUAUUGGAAAAAUGAUUGUUGCUUUGGAAAAUACAAAUAUACCAGUCAUCUUAGAAUCAUAAAUCAAAUGAAAUGAGAAAUUAUGCAAUUUUGGGUAUUUCGGGAUGGUGAUAUUGUUUUAAUUGAGUUUCACGGUUCCAUAAUAAAGUUUUAGAAAUUAUCAA